CCCAUUCUAUAGUCCAGGACCUAAACUAUACGCCCCAAAUAUGGCAUUAUUGAUUUACGGCGAGUCUCGGACGAGUGGAUGCUCUUUGUAGCCGUCGUCGCUCGCAAAAAGGGUCGUCUCUGAUUAGCCGGAACACUUUUUGCAGAUUGAUCUCGUUAUGGCGAAUUGGAGACAUAAAGCGUGUCGACAUUUUCAGGAAGCUUGUUACUCAAGGAAACCUUCUAGAAUCAACAAAUCUAUGGCGGCCAAUGAUUCAAAGAAGAGUCGAGAAUCGAGUAAAAGAAUACCCGAUUCAAGAGAUUGUUCCUGUGGCUAAAGAAAUCAUUGAAGCUAGACGAAAUCUACUCACUAACGUCACCCUGCUUCUCAAAGUGUUUCCUGUCUUGACAUGCAAGCAAGUUUUCAGAUACUUGACUCUCUGAGUUGUUGAUAUCAAGAACUCUUUCUGAUAAAGAAUUCAACUUUCAGAUGUCAAGUAUGUUGGUGUAAACUCUCUGAUGGCGUGGGAGAAAGUGAGAGCUGGUCUGAAGAAACUGUUUCUUGUUCAUCUUUGCAAACGUUGCAAAGAGGUUCACGUGGGAGCGAGCGGCCAUAAAAUCUCGGCUAUGUGGUGUGUUCAAAUAUAAGAGCUAUCAGAACAGCCAUGACCCUGUUUCUUCACCGGAUUUUGGAUCUGACCGGUCGGUCAAGCAUUCGAUGUUGACUUGGCCACGUGUCACUCCCUUAGAUGCGAAGACCGUUUGGUGGUAUAGGUGCAUUGAAGCAAUGUAGGUGCCGUUCGUUUUACGUCUCUGCGUGUCGAAGCUGACAUAUUCAACCGUGGAAAAUUCAACAACGUUUGCUAACGACUAAGAACAGUGUCCUCUCUUAAUUCCGAAGAUAAUCAUUGAGUUAUGGGUUCAUUGAAGAAGGAAGGAGAGAUGGAGCACAUGGGAGACGAGUUUAUGGAGGCGAUACUGUACGUCAAUGGCGUUCGUAGAGUGUUACCUGAUGGCCUUGCUCAUAUGACACUUCUUGAAUAUCUCAGAGGUUUAGGACUGACCGGGACAAAGCUGGGGUGCGGUGAAGGUGGUUGUGGGGCUUGCACGGUGAUGGUCUCUAGUUAUGACAGAACAUCAAACAAAUGCAUGCACUAUGCUGUUAACGCUUGUUUAGCAACUCUCUAUUCUGUGGAAGGAAUGCAUGUCAUAUCCAUUGAGGGAGUUGGUCAUCGCAAGAACGGCUUGCACCCACUUCAGGAGUCAUUGGCAUCUUCUCAUGGUUCCCAAUGUGGAUUUUGCACUCCCGGGUUUAUCAUGUCCAUGUACGCGUUACUGAGGUCAAAUAAAAACCCACCUUCUGAAAAGGAGAUCGAAGAAUCUCUUGCAGGAAAUCUAUGUCGUUGUACUGGUUACAGACCCAUUGUUGAUGCCUUUCGGGUUUUUGCAAAAACCGAUGACGCUCUGUACAGUGGCGUAUCUUCAUUUAUCCCUCAAGAUGGUUCAAGUAUUUGCCCAUCUACUGGUAAACCUUGUUCAUGUGGAUCAGCAGCCACUUGUGGUGACGGUAGAUUUCAGCCUAUCUCUUAUAGUGAGACGGAUGGGGCUAAGUAUACGGAGAAGGAGCUUAUUUUCCCUCCUGAACUUUUACUGAGGAAGUUAGCUCCUUUGAAGUUGAGAGGAAAUGGAGGGCUGAUCUGGUUCAGACCCGUAAGACUUCAGUACUUGCUUGAUCUUAAGGCAAAACAUCCUGAUGCAAAACUACUGGUAGGUAAUACGGAGGUGGGAAUCGAAAUGAGACUGAAGAGGUUACAGUAUCAGGUGCUAAUAUCUGUUGGUCAAGUCCCAGAACUCAACACAGUGAAUGUCAGUGAUAGUGGGGUAGAGAUUGGUUCUGCUUUGAGACUUUCUGAACUUCUGAGACUAUUUAAGAAGGUUGUAAAGGAGCGUCCUGCACAUGAGACAUCAGCUUGCAAGGCUUUUAUUGAGCAGCUGAAGUGGUUUGCUGGGACACAGAUAAGAAACGUUGCUUCCAUUGGUGGGAACAUCUGUACAGCUAGUCCGAUAUCUGACUUAAACCCUCUUUGGAUGGCUUCAAGAGCAGAAUUCAAGACUAUCAACUCCAAUGGUGAUGUUAGGUCCAUACUUGCAAAAGAUUUCUUCCGUGGUUACCGUAAAGUGGAUAUGGAAAGCAACGAGAUCUUGUUGUCAGUGUUCCUACCAUGGACAAGACCGUUGGAGUAUGUGAAAGAGUUCAAACAGGCCCAUCGUAGGGAGGAUGAUAUAGCUAUUGUCAAUGGUGGAAUGCGUGUGUUUCUUGAAGAGAGAGGUCAAGAACUGUUCGUUUCUGAGGCAUCGGUUGCCUUUGGUGGUGUGGCUCCGAUUUCUUUAUGUGCAAGAAAGACUGAGGUGUUUCUUAUUGGAAAGAGUUGGAGUAAAAGUCUUCUGCAAGAUGCGUUAAAGGUUAUACAAAGUGAUGUAUCGAUUGAUGAAGAUGCUCCUGGUGGAAUGGUGGAGUUUCGGAAAUCUCUAAUUCUAAGCUUCUUCUUUAAGUUCUUCUUAUGGGUUUCUCAUCAUAUACGUGAUGUAAAGCCAACUAUAGAGACUUUCCCACCGUCUCAUAUGUCAGCUGUGCAGUCUUUUCCUCGGCCAUGUAGAGUUGGAAGACAGGACUAUGAGACAGUAAAACAGGGAACAGCUGUUGGCUUGCCGGAAGUUCAUCUUUCAGGAAGACUGCAGGUCACAGGGGAGGCAGAGUAUACUGAUGAUACCCCAGUGCCUCCUAAUACCUUGCAUGCUGCCUUAGUGCUAAGCAAAAAGCCACAUGCUCGCAUACUUUCAAUUGAUGAUUCGGAAUCCAAAUCUUCACCUGGUUUUACUGGUCUAUUUCUUGCCAAAGAUGUUCCAGCAGAUAAUAAGAUUGGACCUGUUGUCGCCGAUGAAGAACUAUUUGCUACGGAUGUGGUCACGUGUGUGGGACAAGUCAUUGGUGUAGUUGUUGCGGAUACACAUGAAAAUGCAAAAGCUGCUGCAGGAAAAGUUGAAGUUGAGUAUGAAGAAUUGCCAGCAAUAUUAUCAAUCAAGGAGGCUAUUGCUGCUAAAAGUUUCCACCCAAACACAGAGAAAAUGCUAAGGAAAGGAGAUGUAGAGCUAUGCUUUCAGUCAGGUCAGUGUGAUAGGAUAAUAGAGGGAGAGGUUCAAAUGGGUAGCCAGGAACACUUUUACAUGGAGCCUCAUGGUAGCUUGGUUUGGACUAGUGAUGGAGGCAACGAAGUUCAUAUGAUAUCAUCCACUCAAGAUCCUCACAGGCACCAGCUCUAUGUUUCCCAUGUUCUCGGUCUUCCAAUGUCUAAAGUGGUAUGCAAAACCAAACGAAUUGGUGGUGGCUUUGGUGGUAAGGAAACGAGAUCAGCCUUCAUAGCUGCUGCAGCUUCUGUUCCUUCCUACCUAUUGAAUCGACCCGUGAAACUCAUACUGGACAGAGAUGUGGACAUGAUGAUAUCUGGUCACCGUCAUAGUUUUGUUGGAAAGUACAAGGUUGGAUUUACAAAUGAUGGAAAAGUAUUGGCAUAUGACCUUGAAAUCUACAAUAAUGGUGGAAACUCUUUGGAUCUUUCCCUAGCUGUUCUUGAGAUUGCCAUGCUUAACUCGGAUGGUGUUUAUGAUAUCCCACAUGUGAGGAUCACAGGGAACGUUUGCUUUACUAACUAUCCUAGCAAUACUGCUUUCCGAGGCUUUGGAGCUCCACAAGGCAUGCUUAUAACUGAAAACUGGAUCCAGAGAAUCGCAGCUGAACUUGAUAGAAGCCCUGAAGAAAUCAAAGAGAUGAACUUUCAAGUGGAAGGCUCUAUCACACAUUACUCUCAGCAUCUUCAGCAUUGCACACUGCAUCAGCUCUGGAAGGAGCUGAAGAUUUCUUGCAACUUUCUAAACGCUCGUAGAGAAGUCGACGAGUUCAAUAGCCAUAAUCGGUGGAAAAAGCGUGGUGUGGCUAUGGUUCCCACAAAGUUUGGUGUGUCAUUUACCAAAACGUUCAUGAACCAGGCUGGUGCACUUGUUCAUGUGUACACAGACGGUACUGUUUUGGUGACACAUGGAGGUGUAGAGAUGGGUCAAGGAUUGCAUACAAAAGUUGCCCAAGUUGCUGCGUCUGCCUUUAACAUCCCUCUGAGUUCCGUUUUUGUAUCAGAGACCAGCACCGACAAGGUUCCAAAUGCUUCACCAACUGCUGCGUCUAUGAGCUCUGACAUGUACGGUGCUGCGGUUUUGGAUGCUUGUGAGCAGAUUAAAGCACGAAUGGAGCCUGUUGCCUCUAAGCUCAGUGUCAGCUCUUUUGCUGAGCUGGCAAGCGCAUGCUAUUUUCAACGGAUAGACCUUUCUGCUCAUGGUUUUUACAUUGUUCCGGAUGUUGGCUUUGACUGGAUCUCUGGGAAAGGAAACCCAUUUAGAUAUUACACCUAUGGAGCUGCCUUUGCGGAAGUUGAAAUCGAUACAUUGACUGGUGACUUUCACACAAGAACAGUCGAUAUAAAGUUGGACCUCGGAUUUUCUCUUAACCCAGCCAUAGAUAUUGGACAAAUUGAAGGAGCAUUCGUUCAAGGGUUAGGUUGGGUGGCUCUAGAAGAACUCAAAUGGGGAGAUGCAGCUCACAAAUGGAUUAAACCGGGGAAUCUACUCACUUGCGGACCUGGAAACUACAAGAUACCUUCCAUUAACGACAUUCCCUUCAACUUCAAGGUUUCUCUUCUCAAGGGGAAUCCAAACUCAAAGGGGAUACAUUCAUCAAAAGCGGUUGGUGAACCUCCGUUUUUCCUGGCAUCAUCGGUUUACUUUGCGAUUAAAGAUGCAAUUAAAGCAGCUAGAGCAGAGAUGGGUCUUGGUGGUAAAUGGUUCCCUUUGGACACUCCUGCGACUCCGGAGCGUAUCAGGAUGGCUUGUUUUGAUGAGUUUACUUCUCCUUUUGUGAGUAUAGAUUUCUGCCCCGAGCUUAGCGUUUGAGACAUGAGGAGGGUAAUCUCUCACGUUUUCCUGACAUAAGCAGUAACUUCUGUACCAAGUAGUGUUUGAAACUUUUGCUUAUGUGACCAAAAUCACUGUCGAUUCCAGAAUAUACUGUUUUGAAUAAUAUAUAUAUCGUAAAAUCUCAUCCCUUACGUUA